AUGGACAAGAUUACAGACAAAAUCGCCGCCCUGCCGGCCGACAGAGACUACUUCUCUCUCGAGUUCUUUCCUCCCAAAACCGCCAUGGGAUUUUCCAACUUGCGUCAUCGACUGCAACGCAUGGAGCAAGCCCUGAAACCGCUUUUUGUCAAUGUCACCUGGGGAGCUGGCGGUUCGACGGCGGCCAAGUCGCUGGAGCUGGCGGAGCUCUGCCAACGCCAGUUGGGCCUCACCACAUGUCUGCAUCUUACCUGCACCAACAUGAGUAAGCACCUCAUCGACAAGGCUCUCGACGACGCCAAGGUGAUUGGGAUCCGCAACAUUCUCGCCUUGCGAGGCGACCCCCCCCGCAAGGAAGAAUACCGCGACGCCAACGGCCACGGCCCCGAAGACGACGGUUCAGCCGACUUUACAUGGGCCAUUGACCUCGUCAAAUACAUUCGCAAGAGACAUGGCGACUACUUUUGCAUCGGCGUUGCUAGCUACCCGGAAGGUCAUUCCGACGAGAGCCAUCCUCAGGGGCAGAGCCUGGAGAAAGACCUGCCGUAUCUGGUCGACAAGGUCCGGGCCGGCGCGGAUUUCAUCAUGACCCAGCUCUUCUUCGACAGGACCGCAUACGAUCAUUUCGAGAAGACGCUCCGGGAGCAUCCGAGCGGCGCCUUGGAGACGAUACCCAUCAUACCCGGCCUGAUGCCCAUCCAAAGCUACCAAAUGAUCAAAAGAACGACAAAGCUCAGCCAUGCCAGAAUUCCACCUGCCAUCAUGAGUCGGCUCGAUGCUGUCAAGGGAGAUGACGAAAAGGUCAAGCUUGUCGGUGUGGACAUAAUCAGCGAACUGAUUGAGCAGAUCAGGACAAUCAAAAACCGAUCCCCCGGUCGCAAAGGGUUCCAUUUCUAUACGCUCAACCUGGAAAAAGCCGUGUCCCUCAUCACCGAGAGAAGCGGCCUGAUUCCUGAUGCGGCUGACCAGGACGAAGCAGUCACUGACGACUAUCCGCGCGCACCGCUAGCGCUUCGGGUCAAUGGCACCGCCCGCACCUCGCGCACCUCGAGCCAUUCGAGGGCUUCCAGGAGGCGUUCCUCUGUCGGCUCGGAUCCCUACAACCGGGUCAUCGUGGGUGGUCGUCCAGCAACACACCCCGAAUGGGAGGCAACCGGCCAAGAAGCCGGCGUUCCCGCCGAGGGCAUAAACUCGAGAGCAAACACGCUGGCGAUAUCCGAGGGCGAAGGUGUUUUGGGGCGCGAGGCUACAUGGGAUGAUUUCCCCAACGGUCGUUUCGGCGACUCUAGAUCCCCCGCGUACGGAGAGAUUGACGGAUAUGGCGUGAGCCUGCACGUGUCCAUUACCCGAGCCGUGACCCUCUGGGGGCAUCCCAAAACGCGCGAGGACGUCGACGACGUCUUUGUCAGGCACAUCAAAGGAGAGAUUGAGGCGAUUCCGUGGAGCGAGGAGGGCCUGUCGGCAGAAUCGUCCACCAUCCAGCCUCGCCUCGUGGAAAUGAACACUAAGGGGUGGCUUACCGUGGCCUCGCAGCCCGCCGUCAACGGCAUCCCCUCCAGCGACAGGACGUUUGGAUGGGGCCCAGAGAACGGCUUCGUGUUCCAGAAGGCCUUUGCAGAGUUCUUCCUGCCCUCGGCGGACUGGCGUGCGCUGGCGGGCAAGCUGGCGGGCCCCGACUGCAGCGGCAGCGUCUGCUUCUACGCGGCCAACGCCCGAGGCGACUUUGCGUCGUCGGACGCUACGGGCGGCGCCUCGGCUCGAACCGUGGCAGCGAGCACCAACGCCGUGACGUGGGGCGUGUUUCCCGGCAAAGAGAUCAUCACCCCGACAAUCAUUGAGGAGGUCAGCUUCAAGGCAUGGAGCGAGGAGGCCUUUGGCCUGUGGGGGGAAUGGGCCAAGGUGUACGCACGAGGGUCGGAGAGCGAAGCGGUGCUGAGCGCGAUCCGCUCAGAUUACUGGCUCGUCAACAUCAUCCACCACGACUACAUGGACAAGGACGCGCUGUGGAGAUUGCUGCUAGGGUAA